AUGCCGUGUUGCGGAGUAGCGGUGAGGGCCCCUAGUGAUCUGGUGGUGUUCAGCACGAGGGGAAAUCUGACCGUCUGCUGGACCAGUCCACCUGAUGACCCACCAGAUGGUUAUCACAUCACAGCCCACCCACUCAGUCACCCCAGUGCCUCUUCACUGUGGAUAAACCAAUCCAGUCCUGGUGCACUCUGGAUAAAUCAGUCUAUGUGCAUUGACUUGGGCACAUUUACCCCAGGUCAGACUUAUGAAGUAGGAGUGGUUGCACUGAAGAAGGAUAAUGACAGGAGCCACAUGACCAGCGUCAUACACACCACAGGAUCAGAGUACCAGCUCAGGGUUCACAGCACCAGCCGGGAGCAGACGGGACCACCUUACUAUACCCGCCCCAUAAAAACAAGUCUGGUGCCUCCCAGCAGAGUGAGGGAGGGCGUGGUGACAGAUUCAUCCAUAGAGCUGCUUUGGGAUCCAGCACAGGGACGGGCUCACAGCUACGAGGUCAUCUGCCUCAACUGUGACCAUUCACGAAUGGUGCAGAAGGUCUUCAGUCAGAAUGCAGUGUUUUCUAGUCUGACUCCAGGCAGGCUCUACAGCUUUGCAGUGCGAACAGAGAGAGAGUCCUUCACAGACAGUUCGCCCGUCACCAUCAACAUCACUGCAGUCCCAGAGGUACCACAGGAAGUGGCUUUUUCAGAGCAGGCUGUGACAUCUGUGUUUGUCACCUGGAGACCACCACCAGGACAGGUGGAGAAGUACAAGCUUGUUUUUGGCCUGCUGUCCGUGGACAGGAAGUCAUGGAUUGAGGUGCUUGUCCUGGGCACGAGUUACGAGGUCAGGGAUUUGAUCCCAGGGUCAGACUACGGUGUCAACAUUCAGAGUGUGUUGGGCUCAGACACCAGUCAGGUGGUCCACAGAGAGCUCAGCACUCGUCCAGCAGGAUUAUGUGCCCUCCAUUUGGACACUGUGAACGCUUCCUCUGUCUCUGUGAGCUGGGACACUGCGUUUGGAGAGUUUGACUUCUACAGAGUCACUGUCGCUAACACCUCGGUCACAAACACACUCACCAUACCCAAGGAGGAGCGGGUUGCCAUCGUUACAGGGCUGGUGGACGGCUGUAGCUACAACGUGAGUGCUGAGAGAGUGAGGGGAGUGACAGCGGGGAGCGCUGCCUUUCUGACCGUAACCACAGUGCCAGCCCGUGUUCGAGGAGUUCAUGUCCUGAAUGUGUCUGCACGUGCAUUCUCACUACGCUGGGAGCAGGCGGUUGGGUGUGUGGAUCAUUACCAAGUGAGCCUGCUACCUAACCACGGAAAAGUAACAGUGCACCCUGGACAUGAUGGAUACAUUCAGGCUGAUGUGGUCAAUGUCAGUCCAGGGACACAAUACAGUGUAACGGUCACGGCAGCCUCCUCCUCCAACAUUAGCCCAGGAGUCAGCCGCAUGAUUAAUACUAAUGAGAGUGUACCUGGUCCACCUCUGAGCCUAGAAGGAGAGGCUGUAGGUUCCAAUGGUAUUCUGCUGUCCUGGACCAUGCCACCUGAUGUCGACAAUAUUGAUGGAUAUGUCAUCAGGUACAAGGAAGUUUGUCCCUACCCUGAUCUCACCUUCACACAGGUGACCAAGAACCUGGACAUACCAGAGACUCUGCUCACUGACUUCACCUCAGGGUCUACAUACCUGAUUCAGGUAGCAGCCAUAGCUCCAGCUGGAAUAGGAGCGUUCAGCAAAUCUUUAUACAUAAAGACCGCUGAGUCCCCCCCUGGUCUGGUCACCAACCUGACAGCGUUUGCUCAAAACCACACCUUUGUCAUGGUUACCUGGUUCCUGCCACAUCGCAUCAACGGCCUCAUCACUAAGUUUGCUGUCAAGGCAAAACACGCUCGUACCGGGCAGACGGUCCGCGUGCUGGAGGUCAAUGCGGAGGACAUCAUGACCGGAGCGCUGCCUCACUGCAACGAUGCAGCUGAUAUCCUGUCUCGUGCAACUCCGAGUCCAUUGGAGAUAACAGCCUCAUCUCCACCCAUCACCCUCUCCGCCGUGCCCCCUGCAGCUUCCUGGAGUGUGCCCAUAUCAGUAGGAGUUGAUCAGCUGCGACCUUACACUGCCUAUCUAUUCGAGGUGUCUGCCUUCACCUCUGAUGGAGAGGGACAGAUAGCCUCCACUAUGGUCCGCAUGCCAGAGUCAGCCCCAGAAGACUCACCACAAAACUUCUCUGUACUGAACAUGACGUCACGAUCGAUCUCCGUGUCCUGGAACUCUCCUAACAUUAUCACAGGGAAAUUCACCUACAUGCUCUACCUUUACGGACCUACAGGAUAUCUGUAUGAGAACAGCACAGGAGACAUGCGGUUUGCUUUUACUGGUUUGACCCCCUACACGACGUACACGGUGGCCGUCCGAGCCAAAGCAGCAGGAGAAGUGGGCCCAGCAGCACAGGAAGACGUACUUACACCUGCUGAAGCGCCCAGUGCAGUGCAGAACCUGAUGGCAAUAGCUGAGGAUUCAGUUUCGAUCCGUGUGACUUGGAAAAGCCCUGCUCAGCCUAACGGUCUGAUCACCCAGUACAGACUGCAGGUCCUGGUAGCCGACACCCUGCUGCAGGACAUCACCCUCACUGCAGAAGUGAAUUCAACCGAUGCAUAUGAAGAUGAGACACUUCCCACUGAUGUCCAUAACAGCCCAAGUCGGCGUAAGAGAACUGCUGAGCUCAGUCUGAUCACGUCUCCACCGACUUUCACGGCCACUCUUUCUGAACGCACACUGCCCACCAGUGUAACAGUGAAAGAGGAGGUGAUGGACGUUAUGUCUGAGGAGUUGUCUUACCUGGUGUCAGAUCUGAAUCCCUUCACCGAGUACACAUUCAGGGUGACUGCUUCCACCACUGUGGGAGAGGGCCCUGCCACAGAUAUCUCUGAGAAGACCAGGGAACAGGUCCCUAGCUCAGUGCUUGAAGUGUCCUAUCAAAACAUCAGCUCCACCUCCAUACUAGUUAGCUGGGUCCCACCACUCAACCCCAAUGGACGGAUCACACAUUACACUGUCUAUGGCCUUAAACUGCACAGUAACCAGGCUCUGAAAUGGGUUACUAACACUACCAGCAUAUUGAUAACAGAUCUGGACAAGUAUACUGGUUAUAAGCUACGUGUGGCUGCAUCUACAGCUGUGGGAGAGAGCUCUCUUUCUGAGGAAGAUGACAUCUUUGUUUACACCUUGGAGGAUGAGCCUGACUCCCCCCCUGUGAACCUCACUGUGGUAGACACCAGCCCCUCCACUGUCACACUGGUCUGGUCUGCCCCAGAGAAAGCCAAUGGGGUGAUCCAACGUUACGAGGUCCUGUAUGAGAACGAAUCCUACUCUGCUGUGAUGAACACCUCCUCAAACCGAGUGACUCUGAUCAGCGUGAAGCCCUUCUCCUACUACAAUGUGUCUGUUAGGGCAUACACCCGUUACGGCCAUGGCAACCAAACAUCAGACACUUUAUACCUCCUGUCUGGAGAGGAUGUCCCAGGCAGUCCUCCAUAUGGCCUCUCCUAUGAGUCGAUCAGUCCUAGUGAGGUGAAUGUGACCUGGCAGCCUCCUCUGCUGCCUAACGGGCUCAUUACCCACUACAGCCUGGAGCUUUGGAAUUCCAGUCACUACCUGAACCUCACCUCGCCGUCCAACUACAUCCACAUCACGCAUCUGCGGAAGUAUGCACAAUACCGCGUCAUGGUGCAGGCACACACGCGUGUCGGGCCAGGAAACUUCAGCAGCGAGCCACUCAACAUCACAACACUGGAGGAUGCCCCAGACACACCUCCUCAGUUCAUCCGCUCCAGAAAGUUGUCAGACUAUGAGGUAGAGUUGUCAUGGCAACCACCACUAGAAGCCAAUUCAGAGAUACUCUACUACAUUGUCAGAGUUUGGAAUGAAACGACUGAGCUGUGGCAGAAUGUGACAGAGACAUCAGUGGUUAUUAAUGUGGACUCAGAGAGUCGCUACAAUGCCUCUGUCUCCAGCUGGACCAGACUGGGAGAUGGAGGAGUGCUGAUCUACAUCAGCUUUACCACCAGAGAUGCAGAGCCGUUUGACGCUCCACAGAAUGUGACUGUUGCAAAUGUGACCGCCUCCUCUAUCACCUUGCUGUGGCACCCACCCACUGAACCCAAUGGGAUCAUUGUACAUUACACCAUUUACUACUCUGAUAACAUCACUCUGACUAAGCAGAGGGUUCCAGUCUCAGACUUAGCUGCCCCUGCCUCUCCAGAUUCACCCCUCUCCUACACUCUGACUCGGCUGAUUGGAGGAACUAACUACACCGUGUGGAUGACCUCUAACACUGUGCAAGGAGACGGAGGGGUCCGGAGCGAGACACUUACCCUGUUCUUACCAGAGGACGCUGCUCCGCUCUCAGCCAAGCACCGGACCUCCAGGCCACCUUGUCUCUUCCGCACAGCCAAGCCCAUGCCAAGUGACUCAGUCCGAAACCUGACAGCUCAGAUCUUCAGCUCCACGGCCAUCAUUGUCAGCUGGGACCCUCCCCUGGAGCCAAACGGCCGUCCUUACUACCUGCUAACCUUACAGGAGGCCGGCAUCCCCCCAGAUGUAUCCAACCAAGGGACUCCAGCUGUCAACAAGACUAUCAAGCAUACCACCACUGACAAUGUCUUCCUAUUCACCAAACUCAGGAAGUAUUUCCCUUAUGUGCUGACCGUUACCCCGGCAACUGGUGCUGGCCCUGCCGACAACCAUACCAGCACAAUGUACCUAAGAACGGAUGACGACAUUCCUAGUUCUGUUCCUUUGCUGGUGUCCACCAGGAACCUGUCGUCAUCCUCCAUCGCUGUGGUCUGGCAGCGCCCUCUGGAGGCUAACGGGGAAAUAACCGAGUAUACCCUCACGCUGUUUGGCCCAGGGGGCUCCAACACAACACAUACUCCCAACACCUCCUUCAUCAUCACUAACCUACUUCCAUACACAGCUUACAACGUCACUAUUACAGCAGCAACGCGUAAAGGCUCGGGACCUUAUCUGCUGCUGCAGCUGCACACUGAUGAAGGAGGCCCAAUGUCCCCUCCCCGUAACCUGACUAUAUAUAACCACACGGCCGUCUCCGUGUGGCUGAGCUGGGAGCCUCCUCUGGAGCCCAACGGUGUGGUGAUACAGUAUGGCUUCAGGAUCCGAGACCUCAUCACACAGACCGUCACACACCAGAAUUCCUCUGGUCCAUCAACCACAGAAUAUCUAUCAGGCUUCAGGCCUCAUAGCUCUUAUGAGAUCAGUGUUUACAGUUACACCAGAGUGGGCCAUGGGAAUCAGUUCAGCAGCCCUGUGACCUUCACGACUAACGAGUCAGUCAACCCUAAUGGGCAGAUCAUUUUUUAUGAGAUUCUGGUGGAGAUGGACUUGCAGUCCUACACACGCCAGGCUACCUCAUCAGAGUACACAGUGACUGGGCUGUCACCAGACAUGGAGUACACACUCACUGUGGCUGCAGUCAACUCUGCAGGACCUGGAGACAGAAUGAACUGCAGUGCUUCCACUCUUUCUGAAUCAGUCCCAGCUGCCCCUCGCUUCCUCACCAUCUCUCAGGUGACACCUAAUAAUGUGACUCUUCAGUGGGCUCCGCCGCUCUCCAUACCAGGCCUGCUGAAAGAGUACCACAUCAUAGCACAGCUGCUUUCAACUGUUUGUGAAGCAAACAUCCUACCUACUGCACAGCCAGCCUCAGGGGACCAACUGACCCCAGGCUGCGUGGACUCUAAUGUCACAGUGUCAGUAAAUGCUUCAGAUAGCGGUGAAGAGAGCCACAACAGCAUCACACUCCAAUCCCUGAAUAAAUACAGGUACUACCGCUUCAAAGUGGCUGCUGUGACCAACGCUGGAGUUGGAGAGUAUACACACUGGAGUUAUGCGCGUACCCUCGCUGGAAACCCUGAUGCCCCUCCCCGUGACCUAAAAGUGACCUCCACCUCCAACAGCCUUCGCAUUGCAUGGAGUGCUCCAGCUGUUCUCUCUGGGCCGACAUCGUAUCUUGUGCAGGUCGAUGGUCCUGGUUUGAACAUCUCAAGAGUCCGGGCUCCAGGAGAGUUGAUGGCUGUUGUCGUGACUAACUUGACUGCUUUCACUCGUUACUAUGUGACUAUCACCGCCUUCACUGGUCCACUGGAACUGGCUGCCAGCGACGGGAAAGCUAUUGGACCUACUGAGUUUCAAACGCUGGAGGAGGAGCCAAAAGACCCUCCUAAGAAUGUGAUCGUAUCAGUUAUCCCAGAGGAAGUGAACAGUGUGAAGGUGACCUUCACGCCCCCAGAAGAGCCCAAUGGAAACAUCACUGCCUACUUUGUGUACAUAUACGAAAAGGACCAGCUGGUCAAGAACAUCAGCCUUAAUAUCAUCCAAAGAGACCAUAACACACUGACUGCUGUCAUAGAGGGCCUAAAAGGAGGACACAGCUACACUAUACAGAUUUCAGCAAGGAAUGGCGCCGGGAGGAGCCCGCCCAGUCCACAUGUCCAGAUAACUACAGGAAUCAAAGCCCCGGCCAAGCCAACCCAAAGACCCCAGGCGGUGCUGGGCCAUGGAGGGGUUGCCAUGGUAACCCACAGGAGUAUCACCAUCCGCAUGCCUGCCUGUUUCUAUAGUGACGACAAUGGACCAAUCACAAAAAUUCAGGUCAUCGUGGCCGAGUCAGGGGUGAAGGACAUCCAGAACCUGACCAACUGGAAGAAUGCAUUUUUUGAUCGUCCUGCCCCUUACCUGGCUGACAAGGGGUUCCCCAACCCGCCAUGUUUUUUGGGGGACGCAGGAACGUACGUGAUCGGAGACAACGAUGACUGUAUGCUGGGGAACAACACCGACAGUUUCUGCAAUGGACCUCUGAAGCCUAACACGGUCUAUGUGUUCAAGUUCAGAGCCACUAACAUCAAAGGCCAAUACACAGACUCUGAGUACUCUGACCACGUCAAAACUGCGGUGGACGGGCUGUUGACCAGGGAAGAACAGAUCAUUCUCGGUGUUCUGCUUUCCUUUUUCUUGGCUGUGUUACUCAUCAUCAUCAUCUGUGGCUCAGUCAAGAUCCAUCAGCGCAAGAAGGAGGGUGGGACUUAUUCACCAAGGGAGGCAGAGAUCAUAGAGACUAAGUGUAAACUGGAUCAGCUGAUCGCUGUGGCAGAUCUGGAGCUGAAACAAGAGAAACUCAACCGGCUUCUCAGCUACAGAAAAUCACUCAAACCUGUCAACAAGAAGUCUUUUCUGCAGCACGUAGAGGAUCUGUGUGCCAACGACAAUGCCAAGUUCCAGGAAGAGUUUGCUGAGCUCCCAAAGCUGCUUCAGGAUCUGGCCACCACAGACGCUGACCUGCCCUGGAACAAAUCCAAAAACCGCUUCCCCAACAUCAAACCUUACAACAACAACCGAGUGAAACUGCUGUCAGAACCGGGCACCGCAGGCUCUGACUACAUCAACGCCAGCUUCGUCUCAGGCUACCUGUGUCCAAAUGAGUUCAUAGCCACCCAGGGACCUCUGCCAGGCACAGUGGCUGACUUCUGGAGGAUGAUCUGGGAAACGGGAACCCGCACCAUAGCCAUGCUCACGCAGUGUUAUGAAAAAGGCAGAAUUCGUUGUCACAAGUACUGGCCCGAGGACAACAAGCCAAUGUCAGUGUUUAGUGACAUUCUCAUCUCAAAAGUGUCAGAGGAAGUCCUUCCUGACUGGACUGUCAGAACCCUGAAAGUAGAAAAGCACGGACACUACAUUCUGGUUCGCCACUUCAACUACACCUCGUGGCCAGAGCACGGGGUCCCAGAGUCCUGCAGCACUCUCAUUAAGUUUGUCAAAGCUGUCCGAGCUCACAGGCACGACAACACCACUAUAGUGAUUCACUGCAGUGCUGGUGUGGGAAGAACAGGUGUGUUUAUUGCCUUAGACCACCUCAUUCAGCACGUCAGAGAUCACGACUUUGUGGAUAUUUAUGGCCUGGUGGCCGAACUGCGCAGCGAGAGGAUGUGUAUGGUACAGAAUCUGGCCCAGUACAUCUUCCUGCAUCAAAGUACGCUAGAACUUCUAAACAACAAAGGCAACAGCCAAUCCAUCUGGUUUGUCAGCUAUUCUGCUCUGGAGAAGAUGGACUCCCUGGACGCAAUGGAAGGUGAUGUUGAGCUGGAAUGGGAAGAGACCACUAUGUAAAGACAAACUGAGGGACACCUGCACCUGAGGGACAGUGAGACACUUUGGGGACGUGACCUGUGCAGAGACCCUGGACAGGACCGCCUCCACCAUGCAAGGGACGAGGAAGCAGGAGGAGAAAGAGGAGGUGAACAACACAGUCUGAACUGAACGGUCCGUCAGUCGGCUCAAAGACUUCAAGAGUCAAGACUUUGUUGCUCCACUUCAACCAACUUCUCAGAUCAGUCCUCCCUUUAUUGAACCUCUUGUCUGCUUGUUUUCAAAGAGAGAGAGAGAGAGAGAGAGAAACACAAGGGAGAAGGGGACAAAUAAUUUCAGAAACGACAGGGAUAAUGGAGAAAUUGUGAGCUGACAGUGACAGCUCUAUCGCAUCUGUAAGCCCACAGGUACUUUGCACAGAUUGAUUUCAUUGUGUAUUGUAAUUACUUUAUUAUGCUGAUAUCAUCUGUGUUUUUUGUAAGAUAAUUUAUUCAGCCAAAAUGGUGCUUUGUUUUUCAAACUCCUUGUAAUUCUGCCGGUGUCGAGGAAU